AUAUAAAUCAGCUACAAUGAGAAAUCAGUAAAUUUUGUUACUAAACAUUAUAAGCUGGGCUUUAGUUGUCAUUUAUGUUAUACUUUGCUUUAAAGUUAAAAAAUGGCAGUGAUGCAGCAUGAUGUUUGUGACUCUGAAACCAAAGAAGUUGUUUUGCAGAAGUUUGAAUACCUAGAUUCAGAAAUGAAAGAGUUAAAAAAGUUUGGUAAAAAGUUUAGUGAUCUAAAUGGAAAUGAGAUAACAACAAAACAAAAACAUUUAAAAUCAUUAAAGAAAAGAUUCAGUAAAAGUCCUGAUUUGAAUUUAGAUGAAAGCCAGCGUUCUUUCUAUAAGACUCAUUUUUCUUCAAAACGGAGUAGCAGUAUUAAAAGAAUGAUCGCCACUUUUCAAAUUUCAAAUCGAGUGAGAAAACAAAAAAAGGAGUAUAGUUCACUAUUCUUGCUAAGUCCAAAGAAUAAAAUUCGCUUACUAGCCGCAAAAAUUACUAAGGCAAAGUUGUAUGAAUACUUUAUACUACUCACCAUCAUAAUUACGUGUGUAAUAAUGGCCUUGGAUGUUCCUCUCCCCAACCAAGACAAAUCUGCUAUGAACAAAUUUUCUGAUGAUGCUGAGUAUUAUCUUAUUGCAAUUUUUGGAUCAGAAGCUCUGCUUAAAAUUAUUGCUAAUGGUUUUAUUUUGCAUCCACAUUCAUAUCUUAGAAGUUUGUGGAAUGUUAUUGAUUUUGUUGUGGUGAUUAUUAGUAUUGCUACAUUGCCUCAAGUAAUGCCAAAUUCUAAUCAAGUGAAUGUAAAAUCGCUUAGGGCUGUUAGAGUGCUGCGUCCUCUCAAGUUUAUUACAGGAGUUCCAAGUUUGCAUAUUAUUAUGACUUCAAUUAUGAAGGCUGUUCCUCCUCUUUUGCAAGUCUUGUAUCUUCUCAGUUUUGUAAUUGGAAUAUACGCUAUUAUAGGCUUAGAGUUUAUGGUUGAGCGAUUUCACUACACCUGUAAAAGUGAAGUAGAACAAUUAGUAAGUAAACCUGGCAAACCUUGUGAUAGAGAAUAUAAAAAAGUAUUUUUUGUGCAUGGUUUCAAGUGUCCCAAAGAUGAAAAGUGUUCAAAAGGUGAUCCAAAUGAAAUAAAUCAUGGAAUUACAACUUUUGACAACAUCUUUUUUGCCAUUAUUACAGUCUUUCAAUGUGUCACAACUGAAGGAUGGUCAGAUAUCAUGUAUUAUACAUUUAGCACAGUGGAUGAAUUUGGUUAUAUCUGGUCAUUUUAUUAUGUUUCAUUAGUUAUGUUGGGUUCAUUUAUAAUGUUAAACUUGGUUCUUGGUGUGCUUAAUGGAGAAUUUGCUAAAGAGAGAACUAAAGUAGAUAACAGAAGAAAGUUUCUUAAGCUACGUGAAAAGAAAAAGUUAGAAAGAUUGUUUGAAUCUUAUUUAAAUUGGAUUUCAAUAGGAGAGGAGUUGUUGGUAGUUGAACAAAAAUAUCGCUAUGAUAAAUAUAGUCUAAAUGCAACUAUAAAUCCUCUGUUUGUUUUUUUCUCAAGAAAGAUUAGUAUUCAAAAGGAUAUUGAUCAAACUUCUAUGCUUGGUCUAAUCCUGUUUCGUAUAGAACUCUUACGUUUGAAAGCAAGAAAAUUAGUAAAGCAUAAAAUUUUCUUCUGGUUUGUCCUUUCAAUUGUUUUUCUUAAUACUAUUUUUAUGACCACUUAUCACUUUGGUCAGCCUCAUUGGCUUUUUGACCUGCAAGUUAAAUUUGAAAGAACUUUUGUCACCAUUUUCAUGUUGGAAUUACUGUUAAAAGUCUUUGCAUUGACAAUAAAAGGAUAUUGUAGGUCGGCAUUCAAUAUCUUUGAGUUUAUUGUUGUUUUUGCAAGUUCAAUUGAAGCCUACUCACUUUGGAAUGCUGGUCUACGUAUUUUACGCUGCUUGAGGCUAUUACGUAUUUUUAAAGUAACAAGGUAUUGGUCAAGAUUGCGCAAUCUUGUUUCAUCAUUAAUGCAUGCAAUGAACUCAAUUUUAAGUCUCUUCUUGCUUCUUUAUCUUUAUAUUGUUAUUACUGCUCUUCUAGGAAUGCAAUUAUUUUCUGGACGGUUUAAUGAACUUGAUAAGUAUCCUAAGACAAAUUUUGAUGAGUUUUCAAGCUCACUUCUAGCAGUAUUUCAGGUAAUAACUGGAGAAGACUGGUAUUCUGUUAUGUACAACGGAAUGUUUUCAUAUAAAGCUCCUGGGGAAUUAAUCGGCUUAAUUGUUUCAUUCUACUUCCUUUUUUUAGUUGCAUUUGGAAAUUAUACACUUCUUAAUGUAUUUUUGGCUAUUGCUGUAGACAACCUUGCCAAUGCAGAAGUACUUAUACAGGAUGAAGAAGAAGAAAAUCUUCUUAGAGUUAGAAAAAAUCAAUCAGAAAAUUUUGGCUUCAAUAAUGAUGAAAAUGUAAAAAAAGAACUCAAGCAUGAAAACAGUUGUGAAAUGAAAAAGUGUGUUGAACCUGAUAAUGAUAAUGGAUAUGCUAACACUGAAUUCAACAAACUUGAUCAAAAGGGGGAUAAAGAAUUAGUGAAUUCAAAAUUUUUUAUUGAAGAAGAUUUUGAAUCAAAUAUAGCCAAGCAAGGAUUUCUUAAUGUACUAAAGAAUGAAGUUGUUCAAGAAAAAGAAUUUGAUGAGAUUCUUCCUGUUCUUAAAGAUUCUUCACUUUUUAUUUUUACUUCUACAAACAGUUUUCGUGUACUUUGUCACAAGAUUGUUCAAUCUAAAUAUUUUGAUUACGUUAUUAUUGUAAUCAUAUUUUUAAGUUCACUAAUGCUCUCGUUUGAGGAUCCUAUUGAUAUUCAAUCUUCUUUAAACAACGUUGGUAGAUAUUGUGACUAUAUUUUUACAGCUAUUUUUGGAAUAGAGAUUUUUCUUAAGAUAAUAGAUACUGGCUUCAUUCUGCAUAAAGGAUCAUUUCUUCGUGAAUCUUGGAAUAUACUUGAUGUGUUUGUUUUCACUUCUAACCUACUUUCAAUUAUUUUUCUAAAUACUGAAAAAUAUAAAAUGUUACUAACAAUAAAAGUUUUGCGUGUGACACGAGUACUUCGACCAAUCAAAGCAAUUCAAAAAGUGAAAAAACUAAAAAUUGUUUUUCAAUGCAUGGUUUACUCAUUAAAAAACGUUGCUUUUGUUUUGAUUAUUACACUGCUGAUGCUUUUUAUAUUUGCUUGUAUUGGUGUCCAGCUCUUUAAAGGAAAAUCUUUCUAUUGUAAUGAUGAAAGUAAAAGAACUGAGGAUGAGUGCAAGGGAAGUUUUUAUAAUUAUGAUACUGCAUAUGAAAGCAUAGUGGACAUAUUACCUAAAACUGAAGAUAGAGUUUGGAAGAGAAGUGAUUUUCAUUUUGACAAUGUUAUUGAGGCAAUUGUUACUCUUUAUGUAUGCUCUACAGAAGAUAAUUGGCCUACAACUAUGUAUCAAUUUAUGAGUGUGACUAAGGAAAAAGAAGGUCCUUUAGAAAUGAGCAGUUCAUAUAUGGCGCUGUAUUUUAUUGUUUUCAUGGUCAUAUUUACUUUUUUGAUAAUUAACAUAUAUAUUGCAUUAAUUAUUCUGACAUUUCAAAAACAAGGUGAAAAAGAGAUUCAAGGUGGUCUUGACAAAAACCAGCAUGAUUGUCUGGAGUAUGUUCUUAACUGUAAACCUUGUAAGCGGUUUAUUCCUGAAAAUGAAUCAUCUUUAUCAUUUCGUGUAUGGGUUGUCGUGGAAUCACGUUAUUUUGAUUACUUUACUACAUUACUCAUUGUGUUGAAUACUUUACAACUCAUGAUGAAGUAUAAUGGAAUGACCGAUAGAUAUCGAAAUUCAAUGCAAACAGCUAAUAUAGGAUUCACCAUUCUAUUUUUUAUUGAAGCUUUUGUGAAGAUAAUUGCAUAUAAAUUGAAUUAUUUUAAAGAUAUUUGGAACUUGUUUGAUCUAGCUCUACUUUUAGGAGGACUUAUGGAUAUCAUUUUUACUUAUGUAAAGCAGAUAGGGUUAGAUCCAACAAUGUUUCGAUUAUUCAGAGUUGCUCGUGUAUUAAAACUCCUACGAAAAGGAAAAAGAGUUCGUAUUAUGGUUUGGACACUUUUAAAAUCUCUUAAAGCUUUGCCAUAUGUUAUUGGUCUAAUUAUACUUACUUCUUAUGUUUAUGCAUUAAUUGGAAUUCAGUUGUUUGGCAACAUCAAAUUCAAAGAAGCUUUGACUGAGAAGAAUAACUUUCGCAAUAUCUAUAGAGCUUUAUUACUUUUAUUUAGGUGCUCUACUGGUGAUAAUUGGAGCGUAAUAAUGUAUGAAUGUUAUGAUAAUGCUGAUUGUGAAGAAAGAUAUGCAUCCCAUUAUAAUGAUGUUCCAAACUGUGGUAGCACUAUUUUGGCUAGAAUUUACUUUAUGUCCUACAUGUUUAUUUCUAUGUUUUUUCUUUUAAAUUUGUUUGUUGCUGUUAUCAUGGAUAAUUUUGAAUAUUUAACACGCGACAGUUCUAUAUUUGGCUCACAUGACUUAAAAGAUUUUGUUAGAUGUUGGUCACAGUUUGACCCUCAGGCAACAGGAUAUAUAUCUCAUGAUAAACUCUAUGAAUUGAUGAGCUACAUAUCACCUCCUAUUGGAUUUGGUGUGAAAUGCCCUAAAGCUAUUGCCUACAAGCGUCUGAUCCGCAUGAACAUGCCGGUGAAUUCCGACGGUGGCGUAUCUUUUUAUACGACUUUGAUGUCAUUAGUUCGCGUUGGUUUAAAGAUUUGUUCAAAAGGUGAUCCCUAUGAAAGUGAUAACAGUUUAAAGGCAACUAUCAAAUUUCUGUGGCCAAACAUUACUUUGAAAACUCUUGAUAAAUUCUUCCCAGAUUUAACAGAUAAAAACCAGUUGACAGUUGGGAAAUAUUUUUGCAUAAAACUGUUUGUCAUGAAUUUCCAAAAGUCCAAAGGAAGAAGUAAUCGUAAUUCUCUGCAACAAGAAGCCGUUCCGAUUAAUUCGCAUUCAGUCAUCGGACGAAUUCAUUCACUACUUCCUGGUUUUAUGCUUCACAAACCAUCCAAUGAUUCUUAUUCCGAACACAAUUUUGAAACGACUUCAAAAGUUGUUGGAGCCGGGAGAAAUGUUACAUUUUCAGGAGCAUUUACUAAAGCCCAACACGAACACCGACAGGCAAGAGAAAAUAGUAUAUCCAAAAAAGAACGAAAUCAAGUUCGGAGAAGGUCUUCUUGGGGUGAUGUCUCUUCUUUUUUUCGACUUGGGUCAUCGAGAGAUAAACCUAUUGAUGCAGCUAUCAAAUCGGAAAAUAACAAUGAUGUUACUAAAAUAAAUUUGUCAACAUCGAUAUCUCCUGCCUCGCUUUCUCCUGAUACAACAUAUUCGUCUUCUGGAACGAAAAAUAUGUCAUAUAAUGCAAUUGGAAGAAGUCCAAUAUCAAAUGGAAAAUUACUAACUCGCUCUAAUUCUGGUGGAAUAGGCUCGGUGCAUAGGCGUGUAAUAAAUAACCAAGUACUCCAAAACGACGAUAAUAAAAAUUUAAACGUUAACUCAGCACAAAAGCAACACUAUCAGUACCAUUCUCGAAACAUGCAGUCAAUAUCUGCCCCGUCAACACCAAGAGGUUCUUCUUAUGGAAAUAUUCCUAUAAAUUUUUCGAAUAUAGAUUCUAGAAACAGAGACUCCUCACCUUCAUCCCUUAAAGCUAAUCCUAAUUCAACAAACAUUUACAAAAAAAAUGGUUCUUUUGCAUAUUCUGAUCACACGCCACGUGGCUAUAUUGAACCUAGUAACUCUCCAUAUGCUGAACGCUUUAAUCAAAGUUCUCCAUUUAUAAAUCAUAAUAGUUAUAAAUCGGAUCCCGAAGUUAAGUAUCGGUUGAAUGGUAAAAUAAAUGAAUACAAUGAUUUUUCUGAUUUUGAAAGACAAAGAAGUGUUUCAGAUUCUCAAAGGACUUAUAGAUACACAAAUGGCCAGCAAGUGUAUGGUACAAACUACCAUAGCGUUAGUGAUGGUAUUUUACAAGAAAGAAGAGACUUUCAGUCUAGAAAUAAAAUUCCCAAUCAAGUUGUUUAUGAUAACAUGACUCGCGUAGAUAAUAAAUUAGAUCCCGGUGGCAAUUGCAGGUUUUAUGAACAUAAUCGUCUGCCUCCAGACUCUUGCAUUCAAGAAUACGGAGAUCUUACUGACCAAACGUCAUUGUCAAAUGACAAAUCUCAUAAUUCUUAUAAAAUAAACAAACAACUGGAUAAUUCAUAUAAACGAUAUAUUACUGAGAAUCAGCCACAAAGACAUUCCGUUCAAGAAAUUUCAGAUUCAUGUUAUAAACCUCAACUUGUUACUAGAAGAGAUUCUCGUUUUGAUAAACGUGAUCGGUUAUCUCCGAAUCUUUCGGUUCCAUCUCAGUUUUAUCAACUAAAUGAUGGUGACUAUAUGAACGAAGCGUCUCAACAGUAUUACGAAAAAAUGAUUUCUCAAAUUAAUUCUCAAAUAGCAAUGGUUACAGAUCGAAGACCAGAUAUGUAUAACCCUAUGCUUGUUGUUAAUUCUGAAGACGACGAGAAUGAAUGGUGUUAAUUUACAGUUUUUUUUUUAAUUAAAAUGAAAAAUUUUUAAAGAGUUUUUAUAUGAAAGAAUGAUAAAAUUGUA